AUGGGUGCAUUUCCCAAUCUGUAUGGGCUCGGAGCAGAUGGCAUCAAAAAUUUCGAGGUGUUGUUGGCCGAUGGCAGACUUAUUAAUGCAAACGCGAAUGAAAAUGGCGAUCUCUACCGCGCCCUGAAAGGAGGAGGUUCAAACUUUAGGAUCGUGACUAGAUUCGGUAUUGAAACCCACCCUCUAAUCAACGUCCAAUACACAAUCAACCUCUACAACCCGGAAGACUAUGUCGAAAUCAUCAAGGCAACAAUAGCUGUUCAAGAAACCAUAGAGGACGACCCUAAGAUCGGGCUGUUCACUAACUUCAACCAUGGUUUUGUAGCUGUAAGCUUGCUCUAUGGAGAUACCCCGGCGCAGAGUCCUCUGGCCUUUGAACCUUUCUAUAACCUCACGAGUCUGAUAACAACAGUGGUUCCCGCCACAAACGCCAUCUCCACAGUAACUACCAAAGUUUCGCGGGAACUCUACGAAGAGGCCUACAAGUCUUGGAUAGAGACAUCUAAAAGUCUCCCGGUGGGCUGCGUUCUGCAUUUUACAAUCCAACCUAUGGGCAAAGCUGGUGUACAGGCAGGAAAGGAUCGCGGAGAGAACAUACUGGGACUGGAGAGUGUUCCGCAGUGCUGGUGGGUGUUUACCUGUGAAUGGCCCAAAGAUGGCAGCGAUGACGCCGCUGCGCAAAAGGCUGUAGACUCCUCCCAAAAGGUUCUGCGCAGCUACGGCACGGAAAACGUCAAAAGGAUGCAGGACGUUGCAGUCAAGUACGACCCUGAGGGCAUCUUCCAGAAGUUGCAGCACAACGGCUUCCUUUUACGCAACACGUCUGAAUAUCUCUCGUAA